UGAACACGUCCGAGCGUCUGAAGACGUCGUCGAGCCUUUGUUUUGCUCUUCUAGACAGUUAGUGUCUCCCUCUUAACAUCAUUAGUGUUGUGUCGUCAGAAACUGGCAACCCAUUCGCUUUGUUUUGUUGCACACCGUUAUUUACCAACUGUGGCCGCCGUGUGUGCUGGGACACGUUCGACGACUGAUCAACGCUGCGUCUCCGCUGCGUCCACGUCUGAACUAGCGGUUCGAGCUUGCAGAGCUGAAGGCCUGAGAGAAAAGACCAACUCUGGCCACUGGCUGUGCAAACGUAGCGCUUUUAGCCUAGCACCUACAGCUGCACCGGGUUAACGGUCAUGUUAAGGUAUUUGGAUGAUGCGUUUACAUGAAGUCGUCAUCAGACGAGUGACGCAGCGGUUCGAACACAUCGUUAGCUGUGUCCGCGGCGUGAAAAAAGGCAAGAUGGAGACGCAGGUUUUUGAGCAGCCAUUGUGUGUGUGUGUGUGUGUGAGAGAGAGAGAGAAUGAGUGCGUGUGUGUGUGUCAAAGAUAACACUGUAGGACUGCACAGAAGUUGUUGCAUUUGUUGUGUUGUGAUGCUGUUUUUUUUGCAAAAGUCAUUUUGAAAUCAAAUCUUUCUGACGUAGACACCAGAGACUGACCCUGGGUCAGAGAGACCAGUGUCCGUGAGAUGUUUAAGGUCUGUACACCUUUGGAGGUUGGUUUCUGUUUCUGAGCAUUCGUUGGGACUUCAAUGAUAAGCUACUUGUUUUUUUAUUGCUCAUCAUUAAACACACACAGUAGAUUUGAUUGUUGAAAAAACACGUGCGAGUAUGUCUAGUUUGUGUGCAAAUACACCUCAACACACUCUACUGACUGACCUGUGUGUGUUGUAUUUAAUAUCAUUCAUUCAUUUUUGUACUGCAAAUGACGUAUUCGUGUCACAAUUGCGUCGGUCAAAUAAAAAGCCUCUUCAAACCAAGCUCUCCGGAUGGAUUUCAACUGCAGAGAUGUGAUGUUUUCACAGAUCAGAUGUUACUUAUCCCAUUAUAAUAGCCUGAAAGAAGAAAGAAAGAAAAUGAUUUUACUGCUGCUGGAUCCUUCAUCACUGAGUUUUUGUAUUUGAAUAUGUUUAACUUUGUUUACCAUCCUGCGUCAUAGGGAUGUAUAAUAAUAGGAUAUUAGGAUUUUAUUAGAUUAAGAUCUUUAUAACAUCAUACAGACUUUUAAUAUUGCUCCACUAUUUACAAAUUCUUGAUACAUUUAUAAAAUAAUUUGUGGGAAAUGUGAUUCAGUGAGCCAUCUUGGAGGAAAACAAAUCAGAUAAUAAUAAUAAUAAUAAUAAUAAAAUAGUAGCAAAAUUGUCUUUUUGCUACUAUGGCUUUUUGCCGUGACAUUGUAAAGAAUUCUAUUAAAGAUACAAAAUUCAACAAGUGUGAAAUUAUUAGACCACAGAGUUGUAUGGGCUUUUGUGUUGUGAAACGAUUUAACGUUGUCAUGUUGCUGGAUAUUUAAACUUUAAUUUGCUUGACAAAGACCUGAAAUAGAACACUCAAAACUCUGUGAAAAUGAGAAGGUAACAGUAUGAAUGGGGUGUUGUUGGAAGCAGCUAAUGUUGCAUUGUACUUGAACUAACAUUGACAAGAUUAGACACUAAAAGCAGAGCUGGCGUUUUUUUUUUUUUUUCUUCCAAUAAGUUUUAUUUUUAAGUUUGAGGUGCGUGUGCAAUAAGCUGGGCACUCUGUUUGUGUUUGGUUUAUAUGUCACCUUAUUUAUUCAUGAAGGAAAAACAGGUUGUAUGGUUUAAAAUACCAGUAAAAAAAUUUGGUUAGGAUUUUAUAAAAAGUCUAAAAAAAAAAUCAACACAGAUACAGAUUCUGAAGAACUGGUAUUUAUAGAUACUUAAAAAUACCAGUCAGUGCUUUUACAGUAAAUCAGUAAUUACCAAAUGAUGGUUGUAGACUUAGGACCAACAUAUGGGUACAUUUUUCUUCUUUAUUAUUGAUUUUCUCCACACCCUUUAUGCAGAUUUCAUUCAUUAAAUAAACCUAAAUCUGUUUUGAAGUUUAAUUUAACACCACAUCUGAUUGUGAGCAGGGAGAGAACGAAGCGUGUCGCAACUACAGAUGGCAAACUAUAAAUAAAAAGUAUUAUUUAAAUGAACUGAAAGGAGAUGAAUACAGUUGACACAGAUGGUCCAUAAGCAAAAGCUUGGCAGCAGCUGAGAAGUUGACGAUGACGAUGACGAUGAUGACACCGGUGAAGAUGGAAGUACCUCCUGUAAGACAGUAGAGUAGACCAGGAAGAAUCCUGACUUUGGCUUCUUGUAGGUCUUAUACUUAGGCUCUGAAUAUUUCCUCAGGUUAUGUCCACGUUGAACUUUUCACUAGUUGACAAAAGGCAUUUCCAUUAUUGUCAAGGCAUUCUCACUAAUAAUUGUUAUUCAUCCUCCCUGCGUUCAUCAGUCCUUUACCUGCACCUGUCAACAGACAUCCUAACAGUGAAACCAAAGUGGAACUUUUAAGAUGAAUUCAAAAGUGGAGAUGUUCUGCCCCGCCAUGUUGUGUGUAAGCACAGUUACACAGUUACUAAAGCUGUGUGUCCUGCAUGUGCUGUAUUUUUAUCACCUCUUGUCUGCAGCAAGCCUGCAGUUUCCUGUUAACGCCUGGUGUGGCGUCAGUUAUUUAGAGUUUUUUUUUCUUCUUACAGUUGCUGCCUUGACUACUAAUGUGACGGUUUGUUACUCGUCAUGUUCUUGUUCUGUAACACUGGACUAACCUGAACACAGAUGUUUGGGGAAAGAACCUCUAUAGUAAUUUAGGAGCUGUUUUGUCGUGUGUGACAUUUGACUGUUACAUACUGUAGCUGAAAAGUUUGUUUUUACAGUGUGGUUCUGUUAUUUUUAUACCUCAUGUUUUCCUCUGUGUGACUUCAUUGUCUAUCGGAACUUUUCCCCAGACACUAGGAACUUUAUUACUUGGUGACGACGGAGUGCCGUGUAAAUGACCGUAGACCAUGAAGCACAAACACAAGGUCAUGUUUUUCUGUCCCGUGACCGUCCUGGUCUUUAUUUUUUACUCCUCUAAAAAUCUCCAUCAACAUGUCUGGGGACAGAAGCCUCAGAAGGAUGCUGAAGUCGUGCCGACUGUAGUCAUGCCUAAAGGGCCUGGAGUAAAAAGAAUUGCAGAGGUGGAACAAGACAACGUGGGACGAAUAGUAGACUCAGUGUACGACAAGCAGGGCUUUCUGCUGCAGCUGGAUACAAAAUUGCCGCCCGAAUUGGUGUACAAAUAUGGCAACCUCAGCGAAGGAGUGUGCAAGCCAGGAUACACAGCAGCCAAGAUGACCUCCAUCUAUCCUAAGUUUGUGAAACCAGCGCCCAUGUUUCUUGAUCGGAACUUCAAGCAACUUGGCAAAGUUAGAAAUUAUUUACCUCCGUUUGGUUUUAAAACACAAGAGAAACUGAUCGAAAGCAUUUUAACAACCACAAAAAUGUAUGGACUAACAGAAGACAUGGACAGUCUCAGUUGCAAAAAAUGUAUCAUUGUGGGAAACGGUGGCAUCCUGUCCAACAAAUCCUUGGGCCCCCGUAUAGAUGACUACGAUGUUGUAAUAAGAUUAAACGAGGCACCAGUGAAAGGGUAUCGCAAAGACGUAGGGACCAAAACCACCUUGAGAAUUACAUAUCCAGAGGGAGCCAUGCAAAGACCUGAAAACUAUGAGAAAGACUCACUUUUUGUUUUUUCUGCUUUCAAACCUUUGGAUUUCAAGUGGCUCCGACAGAUUGUCUUCCAGGAGAAACCGAGUGACAAAGGUUUCUGGAAGUCUGUGCCUCAGUCUGUUCCACGGCAGCCGACGGAGAUGAGAAUCCUGAACCCUUACUUCUUCCAGGAGGCUGCCUUCCAGUUCAUUGGGCUGCCCUUCAACAAUGGCAUCAUGGGCAAAGGGAACAUUCCAACAUUAGGAACAGUGGCCAUAACGAUGGCGCUGCAUAACUGUGACGAGGUGGCGGUGGCAGGUUUCGGCUACGACAUGAACACACCCCACGCACCUCUGCAUUACUACGAGACUGUCAAGAUGUCCACCAUCAAAGAGUCAUGGACACACGACAUAUCCAAGGAGAAGGAGUUCCUUCGUAAGCUGGUUAAAGCUAAUGUCAUCACAGACCUGACCAAUGGUAUCUGAGUUUACAAUCCACCACUGGUCUCGAGGUUUCACCCGAGGGACUACAGUUCAGGACACUGGGAGCUGAAAAAUGUCUGAGAAAGAGGGAGAACAGAACUCCUUUUAGACCUGGGUGUCCUGCACACUGCCAGGUUUUUUUUUUAUAUCAAAGAAUAUUAUUUAUUUAAAGAAAGACGCAAAAAUGGUCUCUGUGGAGCGAUGCACACACGUGCCUUCUGAACCAAAGAAGGCACAAGAAGGGGCGUUGAUGAUGGGUCCUGUUCCUGUCCGUCACCAACACAAAGUCAUCUCUUUUCAAUGUUUACUGCUUGUUCCCUCAAAUGUUGGAGGAGAUGAAGCCAGUGACGUGUUUGACUUCUGCCACGCAUAUAUCCCUGAAGUACGGCACGGCCUCCUGUCAAACACGAAGGAACAGAAGAGUGAGAAAUGAAGAGAGGAUCACAGAGAUUGUGCGGGGAUGGGCUUCGUAUUAGCAGUGCCAAUCGUACCUCGUUCAGGGGGCAGGGGUCAACCUCCUCCCCUAUUCUUUUAGCUGCCUGAAUGUAUUCACUUUCCUCAGUGUAAAUAUCAAAGAUUUUUACAGUUGUUUUUUUUUUUUGGUUUGUUUUUAAAAAGAAAAACGCUGCAGCAAUCACACCACCCACCCUGAACCAAUCCACUCAUCCUUUCUCUUUGCACAUCUUCACAUGGAUCAGAGAGAGCAGAGAGCUACGGAGGUGGAGCUUCAUUUAAGUGUUAAUUUAUUGGAGGUUCUGGAUGAUUCUUUGUAUUACUGGCUUGGUUGUUUUCUUGCAGAGAUCGGUGGUUGCGCCUGGUUUAGUGCAUCUACACUCAUACCUCUUGUCAUGGAGAUUCAACAGCAGCAACACCCUUCAAAUCAACACCUGCCCCAGACAAAACAGUUCUGUCAGAGGAAGUUUUCCUACUUGUUUGCGAAUCAACUCCCAGCUACCAAAUAAAACUUCAAUGAUCAUUUAUUAGACUUUUCAUCUGGCCUGUUUAUGGAAAAUAGUACUACUAGUGCAAUGCAACACGAGUCAGUUUUUUCUCGUGUCUCAUUGGACAAAACUGAAAUACCUUAAUAGGAAGGUAAUACAAAAAUAAUUAUUUAAAAAAAUAUUCCACCUUCGGCUUUUUGAAAAAACAAGUACUGUACAAUGACCUAGAUUAGAUUACACUGUGGCUACGUUCAAGGACCUGGAUGUUGCAUAGUAUUGGUAAAAAUCUUUGGGGCAAAUGACUUACAAAAACAAGUUGGACAGUUCAGCUGGACAAACGUCCGUGCCAGAUUCAUUCCCUGGAUCUCCUCAAAUGUGUUUUAAAAUUGUGACUUCAGUUCAGUUUUGACGACAUUAAAACGGUGCUUCUAAGAAUAA